AUGAAAGUCCUCUGGGCCCAGGGGCCCGCCUGCAUUUCGCGCCACAUCUGCACGCCACGUUUGCGCGCCGCAUUCGUUUGGCGAUUCCGUCUGCCGCUCUUGUGUCACUGGUUUGCCCCGAGUUUCGCCCGUGUGAAAUCCCCACGCUGCGACAACGUCAUGUCUUCAACGUAUAAGUUGUCUCCCUGGAUUUCAAACGCCUACAUCUUCAAGUGCUUAUCUCCGAACUUGUCAGAUCGGGACCCUUUGAAGCAAUUGGAAGAUGACGUUCAAAUCACGCAUCAAUGCCGAGCAGAAAGAAUUCUAGACAUGGCGACGAUCAGCUCUCGCCAUCGCGCCCAACAUUCACACGCCUCCGUCGUUUGCCAAUAG